AUGAACAAAUGCCGUGGAAGCUUUCGGAAAACCUUCCGCGGGUUGAUUGUAAAAGUCUCCAACACCGACUCGCAGCCGUGCUGGAUACCCGUGAAGAACCUUGGAAGCUUUCUCGGGUAUCUGCCCGACCAUAGCCGCGGGCUGCAAGAUGCCUUGGCUCACGCUCUAGUAACUCUUCGGGCGGCCAAUGCCAUUGACAACGACAAGGGCACAAUGGAAGAUCUCGAGAAUGGAGGCCCACUCCCGGAAACAGAGGUGUCUCCCGCAACCACACAGGCCGUGACGACCUUCGAGCUCGUCAUCAUAUCUUAUGGCCAUGCCCAUGGCCCUCUCACGCUCCCUGACCCUGGUGCCGUGGAGCAGCUCACCUUUUCCGUGAGGUCCAUCAAGAACCCACCUGCCAAGCUGCGCAGGACACACACGGGUCUAUCCUCUCAUCUGCGCAAGGAAGUCAUGGCCAGUUCGGCCGCCGUCGCAAGAUUGGGCAUCAUUGUCGGGGCCGUGCAGACGAAAAUGGUUGAGAUGAAACUCGCCCGCGAAGGCGUGGACCCAACCGCCGAGUCGCCUUCGCCACCUGCGGCGCCGUCAGUCCUCGUUGUCGGCAUCAUGUGUGAACGGGGAAAACAUCGCAGUGUGACUUUUGCAGAGGAGCUCUCUCGCAAGAUCCAAGCAGACGAUUGCUGGGCAGUCUCGGUUCAGCAUCGUGAGCUGGACCCUCCGCCACAUCGCACCGGCGCUGCCAUCCAGGAUGAGGACAGAUUGACAGGGGACGUAAGAGCCGGAAACAAGCCCGGGAAACAGCGUGGUUUGGACCGGAAGAAAGGUAAGUCAUCAGCCAGAAGAUUCUUGCAAGAAGAUGCCCCCGAUGCUGAGGAGGACGUUUGA